UACGCCAUCUCUUGGCAACCCUUAAAUAUUUACAUUUCGAUCAAUCAGACAGCUUGAAACUUGAAUGGUGAAUGUUAUUAUACAAGCUCUUUGGUUAUUCGUUUUAGGUGUUUUACUAUCAGAUCAUACGAAUAAUAAUAUGAGCCGAAAGUUAUCGGUCGAUUUUGAGGUGUACGGAAGAGUACAAGGAGUGUUUUUCCGCAAGUAUACUCAACAAGAAGCUAAAAAGUUGGGAUUAACCGGAUGGUGUAUGAAUACUGAAAAAGGAACUGUUCAAGGAAUUUUAGAGGGCGACUCAGAAAAAAUUAGCCAAAUGAAACGUUGGUUGGAGAAAACGGGGAGUCCUUCAUCACGUAUCGAUAAAGCGGUUUUCUCCAAUGAGAAAGAGGCGAAAAGUGGUCAAUUCAGCAGCUUUGAAAUUCGUCGCUAAAUUUUCAAUAUUUUUUGGUAAAAAUUGAUUCAUUCGAGUGGAUUUGAACAAAUUGUGAUAUUUAUUUACUAGGAUUGUUAUUUAAUUAAUAAAUUAUUGUAAUAAUAAUA